UACAAUGCACACGUAAUGGAGUAUAUAACUGUUCAAGCCGGUCAGAAAUGGAUCAGUAGCCGACGGUGGAUUGCAAGGAAAAUUCUUGGAAGAAUAGCGAGGGAAGAAAAGGAUUCGUCGAAGGAGACAGCCAUGAAGUUGUUUCAGCUCGUGAUAUCGAUUCUCUUAACCGUUCGCGCCACCAGCUGGCCUUAUCACGGUGUGGUGGGCGGCGGUGAAUCGACGGUGUUGGUCGGCCCAGUUUACGGACUGUCACCUGUGAGCCUGUUGCCCGCAAAACCGGAGGUGGAAACGGUGAUCCGUGGCCCUGUGACGGGAACCACGUUCGUCGAGGGAUCGUCCUCUGGCCCGGUCACCAUCGUGUCGCCUGGCACGCCCGUGAUCUCGCCCCGAACAACACCUUCCCCGGCUCAAAAGGCGGUCGUCGUCUCAGAUGUGCCGGAAGAUUCGGUGCUCAUCAAAGGAGCCUCGGCCGGGGCUGUGACGUUGGUGGCCCCGUCCGACAAUUCUGUCGCCAAUAACGCGACGUCAGCGGUUGUUGCAAUCGAAAAUGCUGAAGAAUCGUCGGCGCCAAUUAGAACAAUAGGCGUAGCGUCAGCGAACGCGGUAAUAGGCCCCUCGACCGGGCCCGUAAUCAUCGCCGGCCCAACCGCUCCCCCCCUACCGAUUCCCGUCUCCACGACCGAACAACCGGUCGCAGUUCCCGCAAUCGUUGUCGAGACGAAUUCCGAAUCUGUCAGCGUGGCCUCAACCGCAGCCGCCAACCUGUCAGUUUCCGAGGAUGGAUCCGGUCUAGCGACAGAUAGCAGAGAAUCAAGGAAGAUCGAGGGUUCGGCAUCGAGCUCGAGCAGCGUGACGACCACUUCCGGGAGUUCUACAGCAUCCGCAACAGCGAGAGUUAAUUUGAUUUCACCCGCGUCUACGAUCGCGGUCGGUCCCUUAAGUAACGUCGUCGUAUCGCCGACGAAAGCAUCGUCCGCGAUAGUCUCCGCUCCCCUGGGCUCCGUUUCUGCCGCAAGUGUAUCUUCACUGGAUCGGAUCAAGACGCCACUUAGCCCAUUGUAGAGCAAACUGUGCAACCCUCCCCCUCUGGUACCUCGUUCGUUCGUUUUUUUCCCGGGAAGAGCGAGUCGAUCGAUCGAUUAUUCCCAGAGAUCAGUUUCUAAGGUGAGCAUUUAUAGACAAAUGCAUUCGUUGACAUUGCGUUGGCGAUCGACGAGUUGAAGGGAAAAGUGCGCAAGGAUAACCGGAGAUCGACUUUGCAUGCGGUUGGCAUUGAUUGCCGCCCAGGGUUCGAUACAAUGGAGAUUUUUUUUUUUUUUUUUUCUAUCUUCUAUCCGAGCAUAGCACCACGGAUAUUUGUGUUGUAAUAAAGACUUGCAUAUGGAUAA